AUGGACCCACACGCCAUAAACGCGAUGGGUAUGCAGGGCGGCAUGUCGAUGCCCAUGUCAAUGGCAAUGGCCGGUGCGAGCGGCGCCAAUCCGCAAGCUAUGGCUAUGGGCAUGAACGGUGGCAUGUCCAUGAACGCUUACGGUAUCCCUCAGCACCAGCAGCAACAGCAGCAGCAAAUGAUGAUGAGUAUGGGUCAGAUGAACCAGCUGAACAUGGGCUCUAUGGCCAUGAAAAUGAACCCGAAUGCUAUGAACCCUGCUAGUGCAGCACCGGGUAUGCAAGUGACGGGAGCGCAGGCUGGUACACCCGGCGCAGAUUGGCGCAUCCAGCUCACGCGUGAACACCGUGCAAACCUCAUUGCCAAGAUCUACAACGAGAUGGUCCGCGUGUCCGCUGACCCAGUGCCGGGUAUUAAGCUCUGGAUGAACGUGUCGUGGUACGAACUGACGCUCUACAAAGAAUCGCGCACGCAGGAGGAGUACAUUAACAAGAUCUUCACUCGCCUCAAGUCCUUACGCGCGCAACAGACGGACAUGAAUGCAGUGAUGGCGGCACAGACUCUGCCCAAUCAGGGCAUGCUGUCGAGACUGGACUUUUCAUACUACAAUACGCUGAACCUAAAUCAACGUGCUGGCGUACCCGGUGCUAAUGGAGGUCAGGUCGGAGGCUAUCCAGGACACCAGCAGUUUGGCGGCCCUGCUGCCCACCCGGGUACUCAGCAACCUCAGGCUGCCAAGCCAAUGUCGAUGGGUGCCGGAGGUAUGCCAGCAAACCCUGCACCUCCAAACGGAGCUAAUACUACACCACGGGCGGCUACCAACCCAGAGGGUAACGUUGCAGGCGUUCCCGGUGAUAUGACGGCAGAGUACUGGCGACAACAUGCAGCACUUAAGGCGAAGUAUCACGAUGAUGUCGAGAAGGUCCACAGUGCAUUUAAGAAGUAUGUAGAUCACAUGAAGGGCCACGACGAGACGGAGCAGAAGAAGAAGCUGCGAUAUCUUCUCAGCUAUGUGCAGCUGUGUGCGAGCAUUCUAAACGAGGACAAGACGGCGAAUCCACCGCGGAAGAUUGAAGAGCUGGACAAGGUGUAUAAGUACAUCGUAAAGAUUGUGAACCCAUAUUUAAAGAAGCUGCCGGCCCCAAUCCGGCUGGAGUGA